AUGGAAAAGCUGCAGCUCGGCGAGGACAUCAUCAAGCGCUACCAGCCCUACGUCAACACCCGCUCCACGUUCAAGACCAGCUUCAUCGCCAAGCACCGGUUCGAGAUCGACGACAAGUUUGAGAUCCAGGAGGUGCUCGGCCAGGGCGCCUAUGGGGUCGUGGUGUCUGCUCGCAACCGCGAGAAGGAGGGGCAGAUGGUCGCCAUCAAGAUCGACAAGGCCUUCGAGCACAAGAUCUUCACGAAGCGCACUCUCCGCGAGCUGAGGCUGCUCAAGCUGCUCAAGCACGAGAACAUCAUCAACGUCGAGUCCAUCGUCCUGCCUCGCAGCAGGGCCGAGUUCAACGACAUCUACGUCGUGUCAGAGCUGAUGGAGACCGACCUCACCUCCAUCAUCAAGUCCAGCCAGCCGUUGACCGACGAGCACUGCCAGUUCUUCCUCUACCAGCUGCUGCGGGGGCUGAAGUAUAUCCAUUCCGCCAACAUCGUCCAUCGUGACCUCAAGCCCCGCAACCUCCUGGUCAAUGCCAACUGCGACCUCAAGAUCUGCGAUUUCGGACUGGCUCGUGCCCUGCUGCCUGCGGAGCCUGGCACCAAGGCCAACGUCAUCACGGAUUACGUGACCACCCGAUGGUACAGGGCUCCUGAGUUGCUGCUCUCUGCCCGCGAGUACUCCACCUCAGUGGACAUGUGGUCCGUGGGCUGCAUCUUCGCGGAGAUGCUGAGGCGCAGGCCCUUGCUGCCCGGCACUGACACCCGCAACGAGAUCGAGCUGAUCUGCGAGUUUUUCGGCACUCCCAACGUGGAGGGGAUGAAGGCCCUUCCCGAGUAGAGCAAGCGAAUAAUCAAGUCCAUGCCCAAGCGGCCGGGCAAGUCAUUCGAAAAGCUGUUCGGCGAUGCAUCUCCGAAUGCCUUGGACUUGCUUCGCAAGCUGCUGACUUUCGACCCGCAGUGCAGGAUUUCCGUGGAAGAGGCCAUCUGCCACCCCUAUCUCUCGACCCUCCACAUGCAGGAGGAGGAGCCCGUCCGCGAGAAGGUCUCCAUUCUGGAUUUCUAGUUCGAGUACCACAACCUAACACUGCAACAGCUCAAGGACUUGCUGUACUAGUAGAUCCUGAACUACCACUUCAAGGACUUCUACGAGGAGCAGGAGGCCCGCAAGCGGAAGGGACUGAGCCUGCUGACCGACAUCCUGCACAGCUCGAACGCGAAGGUGAUCGACCCCGAGGCUGACUCGGACGAUUGA